CAAGAACAAUCCAUCUUUGUUGACUUCACUCCACUCAGUGUUCCCAAGCAAGUACACUCGCUUCAGCUCGUUCCCUAUUAAACUUUCCACUGCAGAGAGUACCAGCAGUUCCACGAGUCCUGCCUUCUUGUUUCUUCAGCUUCUUGAUUGUCCCGAAAAAGCUGGUCAUGGAUCUUGCUGUGGCCUUAAUUUGAAUUUUCAGCCACCUAAAAGAGAAAACCUUACAUGUUCCCAGUGAAAUUCUAAGAAACUGUAAACUGAAAACACCGGCUUUAUUUGCCAAAUGGAGAGUAACUCGGAUUCUCUGAAGAAAUGAAGUCAACCACGGUGUUCUUGAUUACCACAGCUGUUCUGCUGCUCUCUUCUUCGGAAGCUAAAGCUCAAACCACCAAAUCUCCCCCUCCAAGUCUGGCUCCGGCGCCGGCCCCGACUCCUGACCACGUGAACCUCACGCACCUGCUCACUGUAGCGGGCCACUUCCAAACCUUCCUAGGGUAUCUCGAGUCCACCAAAGUCAUCGACACCUUCCAAAACCGGGCCAACAACUCCAAGGAUGGCAUCACCAUAUUUGCACCGACCGACGACGCCUUCUCGUCGCUUAAGCAGCCAUCCCUCUCCAACCUCACCCAAGACCAGCUCAAGUCACUCUGUCUGUUCCACUCCUUGCCUCGUUACUACAGUCUCGCCGAUUUCAAGAACCUGAGCGAAUCGAGCCCUGUCAGCACAUUCGCCGGGGGCCAAUACACUUUGAAUUUCACCGAUUUGUCCGGAGACGUGCACAUCAGUUCUGGGUGGACCAAUACUAGGAUCAGUAGCAGCGUGCUUUCCACUGACCCGGUAGCGCUGUACCAAGUGAAUCGCGUACUUCUCCCAGAGGCGAUCUUUGGCACCAAUAUACCGCCAAUGCCAGCUCCAGCACCGAGUCCAGAAGCUGAAGCUAGCCCGGCUGCUGAUACUCCGAGUGGAGUAAAUGUGAACGCAACUUCUCCAUCAUCUUCUUCUGAACAGAACAAGAAUUCGUCUCCACAGGUUAUCAGUUUGGGAUUCCAGAGUCAGUUGUUCUUUGCUGUUUUGAGCGUGGUGAUUAUAAUGUCAGGUUGAUGCUUCGGUUUAGAUUAAGACGGUAGGAUUUGGAAGUGAUUAAAUUGCUUGAUUGAAGCCAUUUUCUUUGGGGGGAUUUAUGUUAUUGACGCUGUGCAUGAGAAAGUGAAUUAGGCUAGUGCCAUUAUAUUAGUAUGCUUAUUCAAUGCCACAUUUUUUAUUCAGUUGGGUUGUUCUUCAUGAUGAAAAAUGGAAAAAGGCUUUUCCA